AUGCAGCAAGCUAGCAAUGCUGUGACAAAGUUCUCGAAAGAAGUGAACUGGCGUUCUUUGCAUGGACUCAAACGUGAAAGGCCAAGUGAACAGAUUCAGACAUCGAGGUUUGCGUCAUCACCUCAUGAAGUCUAUAAACAGUCGAUCUAUUCAUUUUUGCCAACAGUUCCAUCAGACGCGAAAAGACCACGUCUGCACUCGAUUGCUACUGUGCCAUCGAUUAAGCUGACAUUAAAAUUGUCAGGACGAAGCCCUUAUGAGGUGUUGGAAGAAUGUUUAAAAUUAACAGAAAUUGGCGAUAAAUUAGGAACACUUUCACGUAUACGAGAAUAUUUUGGGGACCAUUUGUCAGUUCUUAGUGAUGAUUCACAAGUACAAAGUGUGCAACUUUUGAUCCAAAUUGCAAUAACUUCGAAAGUUGCAGAUGUAAGUAAUACUUGCUUACAGUAUGCACAUCAUAUUUGCACUAACACUAAAAUGAAACAGAAUGUGUGGGAUGGAAUCGUCGCACUGUUGACAGAUAAGACCAAAAAAGAGUCAAGCCUUUUAUAUCGACCUGGUGUUUACGCUUCAUUGUUAGCAUUGUAUGAAUGGGCCCUAUCGGAAAGCUUAACAAUCGGUCGUUCUAUGCUACGAAUGAAUUGUAUUGCAGAGGAGAGUAUUCAGUCACCUAAUCAAAAUGAUCGAAUUGCUGCUAUAAACUUUUUUGUUAUGCGGCUGUUAAGAAGCCAUGAAAACCGUUCAGAAAACGAAUUUAUUUGGUUAGAAGAAUUGUUGUCGAAAGUUGCUGAAGAUCGUGAUUCUCGUGUGCGAAUAGCUGCAAUAAAAGGUCUUAGGAUGCUGGCUACCAGUGGGCGAUCGCUCAGUUUUCAUAACUAUCAGCGAGUCAAAAAUUUAUGUGGAAAUUCAUCGAAAAUAGUUCGUACAGAGGCGUUACAUAUACUUAAAGUAUUCGCGGACCGUCUUCCUGAAACUGAAAUCAGCGCUCGAAAUGGAGCGAAAUUAAGGCUAGUAGACGAUGCAUUUGCUGCCAUUUGUCAUGCAAUCAAUGAUGCUGAGGUUUCUGUCCGCGCCGUGGCUGCUCGACUUUUGGGGGAUUUUAAGCAAGUCUCUGAUUCGUUUUUGGACCAAACACUUGACAAAAAGCUCUUAAAUGCAAUGAGAAUGUCGAAAACUCGCGAUAAUGUUUCAAAAAGACCUCAGUCGUAUGGACUGCGACAUCAACGCUCCCAAACAUCAAGUGAAUGGUCAACAGGAAAAAAGUUGGGUGAGGAUGUUCCAGUCGAAAGGUUUGAUGAAGAACAAGCUAGCAUAAUUUCUUCAGGAGCAUGUGGUGCUUUCGUAACAGCAUUGGAAGACGAAUUUAUGAUGCGGAGGCUGAUCUUUUUUUCUGCGCUCUUGAUUCUUUCGUUGGAUCGUGUUCUGGCACUUUGCUAUACUCAAACGGCAUUCAGUUCUGCUGGUUUCGGUAUAAAGGAAAAACACUCGCGUUUGAAAUCUAGUUUUUUAGUUGUACGCCAGGCUGGUGUGUAUUCUCUUGGUCGAUUAGCUGCAGAUCGUCCAUUUUUAGCUGCUGCAGCAUUGGAUCAUUUAGCUGAUAUGUUUAAUGAUGAAAUUGAACAGGUUCGUUUAGAUGCUGUGCGAGCUUUGACACCAUUGGUUGUUCACGGUAUUUUACAAAAAGAGCAGCUUGACACUAUAUUAACUGUUCUUGAUGUUAGUGAUAUGUGUUAUAAAAUUUGCACUCAAACUUUCCGAAACUUUAAUAUAAUCGACUGUAAAUUAACUUCGUGA